UUUCUUCAUUAUUUUUUAGUUUUAAAAAGUUCAAAUCUACUAUUCAUGUCUUUAAAAGAAGUUUUUUCAAGAAAAGUUUUUGUUGGAGGUCUUCCUUUCGAUAUAACCGAAAAUGAUCUUCAAAAUACAUUUAUUCGGUGGUGGAAAUCAACUCACUAGAAAGGGCUAUGCUUUUCUUAUUUUCGACAAAGAAAUCUCAGUUCAACAUUUAAUAAAUGAAACAUUUCGUGAAGGGCUCCACUAUUAUUUGAAUAUUUCAACGGCUGGCUCACAUAAAAAAGUUCAAAUUCGUCCUUGGCAACUUAGUGAUUGUUCCUAUAUUGAAAAUCCGUCGGAACAAUUGAAUCCGCGAUACACGGAUCGUUUCGGCCCUGUCUGUUAUGCUGGAAUUGAUACUGAUCCAACGCUUAACUAUCCUCAAGGCGCCGCUCGUAUUACAUUUCGAAUGUACAAUUCUUAUGUGAAUGCAAUUAAAAAUCGGUACAUCACAAUUCCGAAUGAUGGAUGCACGAAGCGCUUAGAGAUCAAGCCUUACAUUAUGGAUGACCAGCAAUGCGAUAAUUGUCAUGGAAAGUUUUGUGCUCGAAUUCCAGCAACUCUCUUUUGUCCUGACAUUACAUGCCUUCAAUAUUAUUGCGAAAUUUGUUGGACUUUAAUGCACCAAACUACUAAUGAAAAUUCAUUUCUGCGCACUUUACAUAAACCUUUUGAUAAGCGAAUGAAUGUUUGA